AUGAAUAUAGAAUAGAAUCAUUAUAUCCAAGACAUACAAAAAAUUAUUAAAAUAUCCAUUCCUGUUGAGAAUCUUACAAUUAUAUAUAUAAAUUACAAAGACUAUUGUAUAGUUGUAUUAUAUUAAUGUAAUUAUUUUUAUAAAUAUUAUGUUAGAAAAUGACAUAUAAUUAGAGGAUUUGUAAGAUGCAGAAAUCAAAAUGAUUCAUGAUAGAGAAUAAAAUGAAGAGCUUCAAAAACAGGAAGAGAAACAACCUCUUUUUUCUAAUGCAACAUAAAGAUGGAUAUUAAGAAUAUUAGAUGUAGUAGGGUUAAUAAUCUUUCUUGGGUAUUGCUAUUUCAUUCAAAGUUAUCUUUCAACAAUAUACUUGUUGAUUUUCAUGUUGAUUAUAAAAACUUGGGAAACUAAGCUAUAUAAAAUUGGAAUGUUUGACAAGAAGGAUUCUGAUAAAAAGGUAAAUACAUAGAUAAUUGAAAUUAGAUUUACAAAGAUCCUAUUGAUUUUCUUGAGAAUUAUCAUAAAAUAAAAGAAUCGUAUAAGCAAAGAAAAACAAUUGCAGGUUAUACCUAAAAUUUGGAAGAUGAUGAUCCAGAAACAUCUGGAUUAGAUGAUAAUGAUAUUAAAUAUAAACCUUUAUAUUGGAUUAUAUUCAAAGAUUAGAAUUAAGCUAUUUGGAUGUUUUUAUUGAUUUUCUCAACUUUGAGUUUAAUAAUGAAAGGUGUUUUUAUUGGAAUUAUUAAAAAUGAUCCUUAAUAAGCAGAAAGUAUUAUGACUCCAGAAAAUUAUGCAGGAAUAGAAGUGUAUUUUGAAUUAUAGAAAAAUAACAAAUUUGUUAUUACUACAAAAGAUUAUGUUAAAAUAUUCUUACCAAAUUCAUUAAUAUUUAUAUUUUGCUGCUUUGUCAUGGCAUUAAGAAGAGUUAAGAAAAAGAAAUAUUUAGAAUAAUUUGGGGAACCUAUUAAUAGAUAGAUCUUUUCAUUUUAUUUUAUAAUUAUUUGGUUAUUCUUAGCAAUGAUUUUAAUAUCUAAUUAAUCAAUUAUCGGAUAUAUUUAUUUUAUUUUAUAAUUGAUAGUUGGUUUUAGAUUUUUUUAAAAAGAAGCUACUAUCGUUAAAUUUGAUAAAAUAGUUUUAAAAAUAUUAAAAAUGAUACUAUUUAGUACUAUAUUAAUAGUUUAUUUUGCUGGUACUCCAAUUAUAACUUAAUUUGUGAAUGAGACAUCAUAUUGGCCAUAAUAUUUUGGUUUAGAUGUUAUGUUCUGGAUGAGAACUAAUAAUGAAUGGAAUGUAAUAUAUUAUACAUUUUGAAAUAGAGUUAUAUAUUCAUGGUUGGAAGCUUAAUUUUAUUUGCAUUUUUAUGUAUAAUGCAAGAGUAAUUCACAAACGAGGAUAGAAAAAUAAACUUUAAAGAACCAAUAUAGGAUUGUAUUAUCAAUUAUGAAAUGUAUCUAUUUAAAAAAUAAAAAUAUAAUACAACUAUUUUGGAAGAUAAAGAUACAUCUAAUAUUUAAAUUUAAUAAAAAAAUGACAAUUUAGAGAUAUUACCUAAUUAAUUAGGUGAAGAUAAUGAAUUAAAAUAAAUGACAACAGGACAACCUUUAAGAAUGUCUCAUGUCGAAGAAGAUGAUGAAGAGAAUUAAAAUUCAUUUCUUUAUAAAUUAAACACAGCUCUAUUUUCUUUAGGAAAUAAAUUCUCAAAAUUUAUUGAUCAACCCAUUGUCACACUUAGAGUUCUAUAAUUAUUGAUGAUUACAAUUGUAAUAAUGCAAAAAACCUAUGAAUCUUUACUAUCAGUUAUUUGGAUCUUAAUUACAGGUAUUUAUAAUCAUUUAUUAGGUUUCACUCUUUAAUAUAAUAUUAAUUCAUUCACCUCUUUAGUCUUUGCAUUGCCUUCUGUUUUUAUUAAUUACUUAAUAUUUUAUUAUUAAUCCAUACCUAAUAUGGAAUUAACUGAUAAUCCUUUUAUCAUAUGUACUUUUUAGAAUGAAAAAACAUGUGAAAAAAUUGGAUUUUUUAAUCUCGAUCAAGAAUAUAAACAAGCUAUCAAUGUAAUUAUUUUAGAAACUGUUUUUAGCUACUUAUAAUGAACAUUACUAUUUAUACAUUCUUUUUGUUUAUUCGAUAAGUUCAAUAAUAUAAUUAGAAGAAAUCAAUAAUUUAAUCUAUUUAAAAAUCUAAAUUGAAUAGUCCUGAAAAUAAAAAAACAUUGAAAGUAAUUAACUUAUGGAAAUAUUAAUUUAGGAUGUUAGUUGGAUAACUUUAAUUUUUGCCAUUCUACUAAAAGCUUCAUAUGUUGUAGCUUUAGUAAUAGUUUAUUGGAUUGGAUUUUUUGAUGUUAACCUUAUUUAAGGCGUUUUAGUGGUAUUUUUGAUGAUUUUUAUUAUUAAUGAUUCAACCCUUUGCAUUUACAAAUAAAAAAAUGAUCAAAAUGAAAUUAAGGAAUAUGUUGUUCCUUUCUCUUUUAAAUAUUGGAUCAUAUUCUUAAUAUACAUUUGUCUUAUAACAUCAUUAAGAUAUGUAUACAUAUUAUUUUUUAUGGGACAAAUGAGUAUUAAAGAAGACAAAUAAUGGAUAAUUAGUUUGAUUGGAAUAAAUAAUCAAGAAAAUUAUGAUAUUUUAUUUUGGGUACUAUUUUAUUUUGCGGCUCUUUAAUAUGACUCUUAUAGAUCAAAGAUUUAUCUUAAAUAUUCAAAUUAAAUUGUUAAUAUAUUUUUAUCAAAAAUUAGUAAUAAAAAAAAACAAACUAAAAUUAGAACUACCAUAGAAACUCUUUACUUAUUAUUUAUGAAAACAAUUAUAUGGAUUACAUUCACAUUAAAUAUCUGCUUUAUCAUUUUUACACCAUUUUCAUUUGUUAAUUUAGGAUUAUUUUUUUUUAUAGGAGGACUCUUUUUAUAUUAUACCCUUCGAUUCAUUCAAAAUAAAGUAAAUUAUUAAUCCAUGUCAACAUGCUGGUAUAUAUAUUUAUACUUACUUGUAUUCGCAUUUGUAAUCAGAUAUAUUUUUUAAUUCAUUUGUCUACCUAAUUACAAUUAAAUAAUAGAUUCAAAUCUCGCAACUCUUUAUGAAAAUAUUUAGCUUAAGUAUCAAUAAUAUGGAUUUUAUUAAUAUAAUUAAAGUAAAUUAAGGCUUGAAUAUUUACCUGAUAUGAUUUCUAUAUUUUUUGGUGCAAUAUCUUUAAAUACUUAUCAAUUUUUUAAAGAAGUUUAAAAAACAAAGUUGAAAUUAGCAAAUAUAUCAAAUUAAACAUCAAAUUCAAUAGAAAAACCUCUAUUAUCUGGUGAUUCAUUAUUGGAGCAAUCAGGGUUCAGUGAUAUUGGAAUAACUGAUAAAAUAGAGAAAUAACAAUAAAAAGAUCUAGAAGAUUUAGUUAAAAUUAUGAAAAUCAAUAUUUUAGAUGAAUACAAAUUUCUUCAAAAACCUAUAAUGUUUAUAGCAUAGAUUAAUACAGAUUUACUAACAUUAUAUGUUGUUUUUUCAGUAGUCUUUUUUAUUUAAUCAAUAGCUUCGUUUAUUAUUUUAGUUUUGUAUUUAAGUUAUUUUGUAACCGUUCAUAAUGAGUUAUUAAAUAAUGUGUAAUAAAAAAAUUUAUUGACAAGAUUAAAGCUUAGUAAUUAUUAAAUUAUUAUUUUAGAAAUUAGAAAUUUAAAAAAAACAUAUUUAGAUUAUGGUUCUAAGUCCCAAAACGAAUAAGAUGAUAAAGAAGAUGAAAUAAAUUUAGUUUAAACAACUAAUUUUAUAACAAUGACUAGAAUUAAAAUAAGAAUAGAUAAAAAAGUAUCAAUUUGGAAAAUCUCCUUUGGUUUUAGUUGUUUUUGUGUAUUUUUAACCUACUUGUCAUAAUACUUAUCAUUAAUAAUUGAAUAAGCUGAUAUUGAAGAAUAAAAAUAAAUUUUAGAUGCAUAAUUAGGAUUGUUUAUAUUUGGAACAUUUGCUUAGGAACUUAAUGUUGUUUAAACAUGUUUUUGUGGUUAGUUUGAUAAAAAUUAUUAAUGCUUAGGAACAAUCAACACUGCAUCAUCUACUAUUUUUUCUGAAGUUUUAUUUUAUUUAAUACUUGUAUUUGCAAAUGUAGUAGAUGCUGGAUGUACAAUGUUUUUAAGAGAAUAACUUGAAAAAGAAUAAGAAAAACUCAAAUUAUUUGAGCAUAAAUUCUCAGUAUAGAAAUAAAAAACUGAAUCAAGAUAAAUUUUAUCUAGAUCUAUGAUAUUAAAUUUGUAGGAUAUUCAUAAUCAAGCUGAAGGUAAUAGCCCUGCUUAAUUAAUGACAGAAUAAAUGAAAAUAGACAAUGAAAAUGAACUAAAAGAAUUUAAGAAAAAAUAUCCUUUUUUAUCUAUUAAUAUUUAAACUCAAUUUGAUUAAACAUUUGAAUUAAGUUUAGAUGAUUUGAAAAAGAUUUAAAUAGCAGCCAAAGAUAUUAAUUAUUAUAAGAACAAAUCAAGAAUAUUUAAUCUCAAUCUUACUACUGCUGGAUUUGUAACUUUGCAAAGAGUAUUUAUCUUAAUUUUGUUAUUAAAUAUUCUUUUAGCUAAUAAUGUUUUUUCUUUAGUUUAUUUAGGUGUAGCUGCUUAUUUAUUUUUGUAAAAAACUGGAACAUCCAAUAUUAAGAUUUUAAAUACUUUUUCAGUUGCUGCUAUUUGGAUACAAUAUAUUAUGAUAUACUUUUUAAAUUUUGAAUUGAAGGAAAAUGAUGAAUUAUUACCUGUUAUGGCUUAAAAUUAUAAUAAAGAUACUUUUAGCGUUAUUAAAAUGACAGAAGUAUUUUAAGACUAUCCUUAUUUCAUUCCCUAUCUUGGCUUUGAUAAUGGACCUAUUAUGGAUUGUUCCAAAUAUGAUAAUAAUACCAAUUCAACUGUUACCAAUUUUUUAGAAAAAAAUUAUUGCAUUACUAACAAUAAUAUUGAAUGGAUCUUCAUUUUAAAUACUCUUGUGCUUUCACUUAUUUAUUUAUAUUUUUUACUAUUACAAUAUUUAUCUAAACUGAUUUUAUCCACAACUAUUAAAAUGGAGUUAGAUUUACAAUUUACUUAAUCAAUUUUGUAAAAACUUUAUUCUAGGUCUAAAUUUUCAAUACAUUUAAAUUAUUAAACUUGGAAAAAUAGAGUUUAUUCUACCAUUUCUGGAAUUGUUUAAUAAGUUAUUAAAAUUAAUCAUAUUAUUUUUAUUUCUAUAAUCAUAUUAUUGGCUCAAUCUAAUAGAAUUCUUUUAAACUACUUUGAAUUUAUUUUAGCUGUUGUAUUUUUGAUUAUUUUUGAAUUAGUCUUGAAAACAAAUAGAGAAUAAAAUUUAUAAAGAGAAAGCCUUUAUUUUAAAGUUUUAUUCUUUUUAGCGAUUUUUACAAUAUCAAUGUAUACAAUUUUAAGACUUCCUUGGAUUUUAAAUUGGUGUGCAGUUUAGGCAAAAUAUUUUAAUAAAAACUCUGAUUUCUAAAAUGAAUUUAUUUGCUUAGAAAUUUUUGAGAUGAAACUUGGAGGUAUGAUUUUCAUAUUAUUCUUUAUUUCACUUCAUUUCGAUUUGAUAAAUUCACAACAAUUUAUUGAAUCCUUGAGUAAGUUUAUGAUUUUAGAAUAAUAAUAAUCAAAAAUGAUUUCAAGAGCACUUGCUUAUCAUAAAAAUUUUAAGAAAUUCACUGCCAUGAUUUAAGCAUCUGUAUAAAAAUAAUUAUUUAAAAAAACAUAAGAGAAAGCAUAAGAUAAAUUAAAAAUAUGGCAUGCAAAAUUACUUGAUAAAACAUAGGAUAAAGUUAUCAUUGCUGAUAAUCUAAAAUAAGAAAAUUAACCUUAACAACAAUAAUAAUAAUAAUAAUAAUAAUAGUAAUAAUAAUAAUAAUAAUAACAAUAAUAAUAAUAAUAAUAAUAACAAUAAUAAUAAUAAUAAUAAUAAUAAUAAUAAUAAUAACAAUAAUAAUAAUAAUAAUAAUAAUAAUAAUAAUAAUAAUAAUAAUAAUAAUAAUAAUAUUAGUAAUAAUAAUAGUAAUAAUAAUAAUUGAUACAAUCAAAUAGCGAAGAAGAAAUACCAAUAAGAAAAGUAUAUGUCAACCAAUUUGAAAAUGUAUAAGAGGAAAGAAAAAGUGAGGAAAUUUUGGAGGUUUAACUUUUGAAAGAUACAAAUUUUGAAAGUUUAAGUAAAUCAUAAAAGACUUGCAUAAAUAUUAUAUCCUAUAUUCAAUCCUUCAACAAUAAAUUCAAAUUUAUGGGUUUGCCUAAUAUUAUGGAUUAUCUACUAUCUUAAAAUAUUAUUUUAAAAAGAAGAGUUGAAUUUUCAUUGAAUGAUUUUCUUUAAGAAAAUUACAGCUAAUUUGAAGAAGAACUGAUAUAUUUAGAUUAAUUUUCAUGUCAUUUACACAAGAAAUUAAGAUCUAUGCCAAACUAAAUUUUAGAUGUAAAUGCAAUCAUAGAAGAACUUAUUUAAAAAUUAGAAAAAUCGUCUUAUAAUAAUUCAAGAAAUGGUCGAAAAAUGUAAAAGUUAAUCAAAUCAAUGAAAUUGUCAUAAAAAUUGUCAAGAUAAGCAAUUUUUCAAUCUUAAAUAUCUCUAUAUCCUGAAUUGCCAUAAUAAUAAUAAUAAUAAUAAUAAAAAUAAUAAGAAGAAGAAAUUAAUUAUGAAAAUUAUAUAAAAUCUAACGAUUUAUAUUUUGUUAAAAUAGUAGAUGAAAAACAAUUAAUUUAUGUUGAAAACACUAAAUACUGUUCAGCUCUAAAAAAACUAUCUUUAAGUAUUCUUAUAUUUAGGAUAAUUACAGAAAUUUUUAGUUUAAUAAUUACUUAUUGGAUGCCUUUUUGUUUUUUGCUGAUCAUAUUUUAUUAUGCAGUUAAUAGUGGAAUUUUGGGGGGAGUUUUACCAUUUAUGUUAUUCUUGUGGAUAUUGAUUGACGAAAAAGUAUAAUCAAAAAUAUUUUGGAUGAUUUCAUUCACUGUUUAUUUUUUCAUUUCUCUGAUAAUUUUUGCAUAUUCUUUAAGUGGAGUAGCGGAGAAAUAAAAUGAAAAAAAUAUUAAUGGGAUUUUGGGUGCUUGGUAUUAUCCAUUAUAUAAUGGAGGUUAAAACAUUUCAUAUGAAAUAAUACUAAUGAUUUUUAUAAUCUUUUAAGUUUAUUUUGCCAAGCAAUAUGGUGUUUAUUAUAGAAGCUUAUUGGAUAUUGAAAAUAUAUUUUAAGGGUAUUUAAGAAUGAAAAUAAAUAAAUUUACUCACUAUAUUAAGAAAAUGGUUAUUUAAGAAUAAAAUUUGACAAAAUUAGAUGAUUAAGAAAAAUUAAUUCUGGAAGAUGAUUUAUUUGAUCAAUAAAAUAAGCAAGAAGAAAAUAAUUAAUUUUAGCUAAAAGAAAGUAUUGAAAUAGAAAGAAGAAUAAUUAAUGAUCCAAAGAUUUUGAUUUAAGAUGGUUCAAGUUUAUUUGAGAGAAUAUUUUCUUAUAAAUAUUCAAGACCAGGUGUUGAUUUAUAUCCUAUCACAGCUAGUAUCUAGAUUUUAAUAUUAAUUUAUACUCUUAUAUUUUUUACAAAUAUGGUUAGUGAAUCAAUAAAAAUUAAUAAUAUUUUGAAAACAAAUUAAAUACCUGCUUCUUUGAUAUGGGCACUUUUAGUUGAGUUUAUAUUGAUGUUUUUUGAAAGAUAUAUCACAAUGAAAGGUAAUACAGAAGUAAAGGAAAGUAAUAAUAAAAAGUAGUCCUUUUUUUAGAUAUAUAAACUAUAAUUUUUCCUCAAGUUUUUAUUAUAGCUUUGCACAGUCAUUCUUAUAUAUUGGUUGGUGUUUUUCGAAUUAGGUUAACCCUGGAAGGCAAAUCCAAUUUAUGGCCAUGAUUCUACUUCUGCCUCUUCAUAUUCAAAAUUUAAAACAAAUGGAUAUAUCGAAUGUUUUUUUAUUUUAUAUUCAGCUUAUUUCACAGUUUCAGCCCUUUAACUUAGGUUUGGUUAUAAAAAAUUGAAACUUAGAAAUACUUUAUUAUAAUCUUACAAUUCAAUAUCCUAUGCUGUUGCUUAAACUUACUAUGCAAUACCAUUUUUAUUUGAACUUAAAGUAUUAAUGGAUUGGACAUUCUUAAAGGUAUUAAAAAUUAUAAAAUAUUUUAGACUUCUUUAGAUGUAUUUUAGUGGUUUACUUUAGAAGACAUUCAUGGUUUAAUGUAUUUUACAAAAAAUUAAUCUAAAAGUUAUUUAUUAAAACCAUUAGGAAAAAGAAUUUCAGGUUUUUAGAAAUGUACAUGUGGUUGUUGUUUGGUUUUAGUGAUAUUUGUUUGUAUUUUUGGUCCUUUAAUAUUGUUUUCAAGUUUAAAUCCAGCUUCAGAAUUGAAUCCUGUAAGAGGGGGAGAAUUCUAACUUUCACUAAUAAAUACUAAAACUGCUCUUAAUGUUGUUUUAUAUUAGACUAAUCAAUUCUAUGGAUUAGAAAAUACUUUAGAAUCGAAAGAUGAGAUUAAUUAAGCUUUAGGUUCAGAAUGUACUAAUUCGAUAAUAACUAAUGCUCCAAAAUAAGGAGAAUUAUAAUAAUUUUAGUUACUCAACUUUUCAAAUUCUAAUUGGGAUAUUUCAUUUCCUUUAUUUUAAUAAUUAUAAGAAUAACUAAAAGAGAAAAUUGAUGGAAUUGUUGAUCAUGAAUUUUUCUUUAAUGUAUCAUUUAUUUUUACAAGAGAUAAUUAAAAAAUUAUCCCAACUAAAAACUAUUUUUAAUAUCCUGCUAGUGGAAAUGAAUAUCUAAAAGAUCUUCCUGGACAAAAUGAAAGUUCUUUACAAGAACCAAUUUUAAGAAAAAUAUAUGCUUUAUUGGAAUGUCGAAAUGAUGAAAAUUCAAGUGAUCCAAAAUAAAUUUUUUUAGAAAACCUUUACAUAUAAACUGUAUAAUUGUAUUCAGCCGAUGGAUCUUCAUUCAAAUCAAAACCUAUAUUCUCAAAUAUUAAUUAAAGUGUAGGUAGUGCUUAUUUAUCAUUUUUUUGUCAUGGAAAGAGUCCUAUGGAAGGACAAUCUUGGUGGACUCUUGUUUAUUCAGGUAAUGCCUGUUUAUUAGAAUAUUGUAAUCAAGGUAAUAUAAAAAAUUAGCCUAAUGGUUUAAUUAUGUUUGUAGUUUCAGAUACUUUUUCAACUUUAACAUAAGGAUUUAGCAUAAUUACAAUUUAUACAUCAGUCAUUUUACUUAUAGGAACUUUUAUUCGAUCAUUCUUUUCUGGACAAAUAUGGAUGUUAGAAUUUAAAGGAAUGGUAUAUCCUGAUGAUUUAAUUAUGAUUUGUCAGGCUAUUUCUAUUGCUAGAUCUUAACAAGAUUUUAAAAGGUAUCAUAAAUAAUAUUAAUAUUUAGUGAAAAUAUUUUAUAUUUUGAACUAAUUGACAUUCUUAGAUCUCCUGAAAUAGUUAAAGUUAUGACUGGAACAUGGACUGAAGAACUUAAAAUAAAAGAAAAUGAAUAAUAAAUGAUAUUGAAAUAAGAAAAAGAAGAAUAAAUAUAAUAGUAGUAGUAAAUAGAGAAAGAAAGAGCAUCAAAUAACAAUAAUGUAUAAAAGUUAAAAUAAGAUUGA